AUGCCAAAAGUGAAAUCAAAGAAAGAAAGAAAUGCCUCUGGAAAAUCAAUCACCUCCACAAGGAUGCGUGCGUUUGGACCUCUAUUUAACAAAGACUUGGGACAACAUAUUUUGAAAAAUCCUUUGGUAGCGCAAGGAAUAGUAGAUAAAGCAUCACUUAAUAGUACAGACAUCGUGUUGGAGGUCGGGCCGGGUACAGGAAAUUUAACAAUGAGAAUUCUAGAAAAAGCAAAGAAAGUCAUCGCUGUCGAAAUGGAUCCCCGAUUGGCUGCUGAAUUAACAAAAAGAGUUCAAGGAAGGCAUAAUCGUCUAGAGAUAAUGAUAGGAGAUGUAAUAAAAACAGAUUUACCUUACUUCGACGUAUGCAUAAGUAACACGCCAUAUCAGAUUUCUUCACCAUUGAUAUUUAAACUUCUCGAGCAUCGACCUCUCUUUCGUUGCGCUGUUCUAACAUUUCAACGUGAAUUUGCAAUGCGAUUAGUCGCAAGACCCGGCGACAACUUGUACUGCAGAUUGAGUGUGAAUGUACAAUUAUAUGCCAAAGUACAACAUGUAAUGAAGGUAUCGAAAAACAACUUCAAACCUCCGCCGCAAGUCGAGUCAUCUGUUAUAAAACUAGAACCAAUAAACCCACCUCCGCCAGUGAACUUUAAGGAAUUUGAUGGAUUGGUGCGAAUUUUGUUCGUAAGGAAGAACAAAACGUUAUCAGCCAAUUUCAAGAGUACUCCAGUGUUGCAGAUGAUUGAGAAUAAUUAUAAAACAUUCUGUGCAACAAAUGACAUGAUGAUUGAAGAUUCAAUAGAUAUAAAGCAAAAAACACAGCAAGUACUUGAAUCAUUAGAUCUAGCUGAAGCAAGAGCUGCUAAAUUAGACAUUGACGACUUUUUAAAGUAA